AUGAGUUCCGCCCGGGUGGUCAAAUCUAUCAAGUAUCCUAUCGAAAACGCAUUUGUCGAAAAACUCACGAAACAGAAUACAACUGAGAGUAGCGCCGAUUCUUUCCUCUCCAGACCAAGCAGAGUAAUUUCUUCAUCACAAAGUUCUGUCUGUUCUGAUGAUUUUCCCUGUCUGGCAGAGGAGAUUUCCAGCUUUAAAAACGAGACCAGCUCCAUAGAAGCUGGCCGAGUGAACAACAAUUCCUACAUUCAAAUGGAAGUGGGACAAUUUACGACCCCGAAAAAAGCCCAAGAAAGUGUAACAUUUGAGUCUGAAACAACGCGCCAAACAACAAACAUAAACCGGCCCGAAGAUAUCACACCUCGACGCGUCAAACCAGGAACAGAGCUAGCAGAGGCUCUAUCACGAAUAGAGAACGCACAAACGAAGCCAGUUGCCUUUGCCGUGAGAGCAAAUAUUUUCUUUUACGGCGUUCCAUGCGACGACUGUCCGGCCAGUGGGAAUCAAGUUACUUUUGAAGCUCGUGACUAUAUUCAUAUAAAGGAAAAAUACUCAACAGACUGGUGGAUUGGAAGAUUAGUUCGCGAAGGCUGUGAGUUAGGCUUUGUCCCUUCUGCUGCCAAGUUGGAGCAAAUACGAGCUGGCAAGGGGAAGAAGAACCCCCUCAGAGCCGGCGCCGAUGGUAAUGAAAACGUCGGUCAAAAGAAAAAGGCUUUCUUCAGAAGAGGUCAAUCACUUAUCAACCCAUACGAUGUUGUCCCGAAUUCGAGACCAAUAGUGCUCGUUGGACCCAGCCUGAAGGGCUACGAAGUGACUGACAUGAUGCAAAAAGUUAUCUUCGAUUUCCUCAAGCGCCAUUUUCAAGAUAGGAUACACAUCACUCGCGUAACAGCUGAUCUGUCGCUGUCAAAGAGACAGAAUCCUGGCGUUGAACGACUCCAGCGAAAAAUGCUUGACAAAAAUCACCAGCGAUGUACUCUUGCUGAAGUUGAGCAAGAGAUCGAUCGAAUAUUUGAGCUUGCGUCUGGGCUCCAAUUGUUGGUGCUGGACGCUGACGCAGCAAACCUUCCUUCGCAGCUUGCUAAAACAUCGCUUGCACCGCUUAUUGUAUAUUUAAAGGUAACAAACCAAGAAGUACUGCGUCGCUUGAUCAAGUCGCGCGGCAAGACGCAAUCGAAAUUCAUGAACACGCAAAUGCUCGUUGCCGAAAAACUGGCAAACUGCUCUCCUGACAGCUUCGACGUUAUUCUAGACGAGAAUCAGCUCUCCGACGCUUGCGAACAUCUCGGCGAAUACUUGGAAGCAUACUGGCGCGCCACCCAUCCCCUCGAAAAAUGA